GUCCGGGAGUUGACGCUGUCGAACAUUCUCUGGUCUCCUCGGUGGCGGGCGGAGCUGAGCGGAGCGCGAUGGCCGACAGCAGCGGCGCCGAGAACCACCGCAUCAAAAGCUUCAAGAACAAGGGCCGCGAUGUCGAGACUAUGAGAAGACAUAGAAAUGAAGUGACGGUGGAACUAAGAAAGAACAAGAGAGACGAACAUUUACUCAAGAAAAGAAAUGUGCCACAAGAGGAAAGUUUAGAAGAUUCUGAUGUGGAUGGAGAUUUCAAAGCUCAAAAUAUAACAUUAGAUGCUAUUCUUCAGAAUGCAACUAAUGAAAAUCCAGUCAUUCAACUCAGUGCUGUUCAGGCUGCAAGGAAGUUGCUGUCAAGUGAUAGAAAUCCUCCAAUUGAUGAAUUAAUAAACUCUGGAAUCUUGCCCGUGCUGGUACGAUGUCUGGAGAGGGAUGACAAUCCAUCUCUUCAGUUUGAAGCUGCUUGGGCGCUGACUAAUAUAGCAUCUGGGACUUCUGCGCAAACUCAAGCAGUGGUUGAAGCAAAUGCUGUGCCUCUGUUUCUGCGAUUACUGCAUUCCCCACAUCAGAAUGUUUGUGAGCAAGCAGUCUGGGCUCUAGGGAACAUCAUAGGUGAUGGUCCUCGUUGUAGAGACUACGUCAUCUCAUUGGGAGUUGUCAAACCUCUUCUGUCUUUCAUCAAUCCCUCCAUCCCCAUAACUUUCCUCCGAAACGUCACAUGGGUCAUAGUUAACCUCUGCAGGAAUAAGGAUCCACCACCACCAAUGGAAACAGUUCAGGAGAUCCUACCGGCACUCUGCGUGUUGAUAUAUCAUACAGAUAUUAAUAUACUCGUGGACACAGUGUGGGCUUUGUCUUAUCUGACAGAUGGAGGUAAUGAACAAAUACAGAUGGUGAUUGAUUCGGGUGUGGUGCCUUUCCUUGUUCCACUGCUAAGUCAUCAAGAGGUCAAGGUUCAGACAGCUGCACUGAGAGCUGUGGGCAACAUAGUGACAGGUACUGAUGAACAAACGCAGGUUGUUCUCAAUUGUGAUGUACUAUCACACUUUCCUAAUCUUCUCACCCAUCCUAAAGAGAAGAUCAACAAGGAAGCAGUGUGGUUCCUCUCCAACAUUACCGCAGGAAACCAACUCCAAGUGCAAGCUGUGAUAGAUGCUGGUUUGAUUCCUAUGAUUAUUCAUCAACUGGCCAAGGGAGAUUUUGGAACUCAAAAGGAAGCUGCAUGGGCAAUCAGUAACUUGACAAUUAGUGGCAAAAAGGAGCAGGUUGAAUAUCUCGUGCAGCAGAAUGUAAUCCCCCCUUUCUGUAAUUUACUGGGAGUUAAAGAUGCUCAGGUGGUACAGGUUGUACUUGAUGGACUGAACAAUAUUUUGAAAAUGGCUGGUGAGGAAGCAAGUACGAUAGCAGAAAUGAUAGAGGAAUGUGGAGGUUUGGAAAAAAUAGAAGCCUUGCAGCAACAUGAAAAUGAAGAGAUCUAUAAACUAGCUUAUGAAAUCAUAGAUCAGUACUUUUCUGGUGAUGAUAUUGAUGAAGAUCCAAGUCUCCUUCCUGAAGCGACACAAGCUGGAACUUUCAGUUUUGACCCCACAGCGAACAUUCAAGCGAAGGAGUUCAAUUUCUAAGCUGAGAAGAUGCUGUAGCUUCCCUGUCCCUUGCCAACCCAAAACACCAAAAAAAAUUCACCAAGCAGAAGUGUGAUGGAGGCUCGAGAGACAUCUGCGCAUCUACAUUUGAUGCUUUUUGAAAAGCCUAAUUAUCAAUCGCUCAGCAAUUGCCAAAAUUUGCUACCACAGGGAUUGUUGACACAUGUGCAUGAUUCUUGUGAGCCCAUGAGUAACCAUCAUAUCAACAAACUAGAGUAAUCCCCAACAUCGCCUGUGAUUCAGCCUUUCCCUCCCUGGUACCUCAUUCCUGUGACAGUAGUAGCAAUCUCACUUACAACGUUGCAUAUUAGGCACACAAGAUAAUAGCUGUCUACAUAGAACAGGAAGAUUUCUGAACGAUUAAAAAUUUAAUGAUGGGACUUGCAAAGAGACUUGGCUUUGACGUGUGAAAUAGGCUUUUUAGAAGAUUUUACACCGGGGCUUACAGUAGAAGGAUUUGCAAAUACCAUAGAACCAUCAUUGGCCAGAGUGGUCCAUGGAUGAACUAAAACCAGGAUUUUUUUUCUGGUAACUGCAAAACAUUUUUUUGCUAUAGGGUGGUUUAACAAAAAAUCCUGUUUGCAUCCAUAUUAGGUUGUGCUCGCACUGCCUCUCAGACUAGGCUGGAAACUAAACUUAAUGAAGGAGCCAAGUUUAACCACGACUUCUUGAAAGAGCCCCAGCUGAUUACUACAACCACUAUUAGGAACCUGUGUUUUAAUUUUCUUUCCCUGCUCUUUUGAAGUACUUAUCAAAUGCUGUGCAUGGUGUUUUACCUGAGCUGCAAUUAUUAUAUCGAUGUGACUUGAGCCUCUGCUUUAAGCUGAAAGCAAGAUUCACCCACAUUUCCUGUUCACAUUCAAGUUUUUGCUCCAUUAGAUAAUUCAGAUUCUGUACAUAUGAAGAAACUUAAAAUUAACCAUUUAAUCUGCUGCGAAUCUUGCUUCCAACUAUUAGGUGAAUCAGUAUUUUUUUUUUAAUUUCAGGUUAAGCCAAUCCAGUAGUAAAAUAAAUUGUUGGACUUUUAAUGGGUUUAAACUGUGGAGCUUCCAUGUUUGCAGUGACACACAGUCUUACACAGUCGUGCAUCGUAAAUUGACCGUUCCUUACUGUGGAUACUGCUGAUAGCUGAGAACUAGCAGCUAUUUCAUUAAAUUUGGUCAUGGACUUGAGUAUUAUUGAGAAGAAUCUAAAGCCACACUUUUUAUUCAAAUUAUUAGAAACAAAUUUGAAAAGGAGGAAAAUGUUUGAAAAGGAGUGUAAAUCUUUACAGAGAAUAUAACGUAAGCAUUGUAUUAAGGCUGUACAGAAGCUUACAGUUAAGUGUACAUCUGGUCCAUUAAUGUUGAAUGCUUUAUUUACUGUAUUUAAUACGCACCGGGAGGUUUUUUUCGUAGGUAUUAGACUAGGUGACACUAUUCAGGGAUGGGGUUUGUUGCUGUGGUGACUGGAUGUAAACUUCCCCUCAUGCAUUAUUGUAAAGGGACAGAUUGCAUUUGAGCUAAUUUAGUUAACAAGUGUGGGCAGUAUCUACUGUAAUUGAAUCUGAAAAAUGCAAUCAAGCUCUGCUGAUGAGUUGUAUCUCAUUGAUGAACAAAAUUGUGCAGGUUUAUAUCCAUCUUAAUACCUUGCCGUCAAGACUGAGCCACUUUAAAGACUACGAUAUCUUGUAUCUUUGAGGGAUACAAGUUUAUAUAAAACUGCAAGAUUUUUACUUGCUGAUGAAACUGUUUUAAUGAUACAAAUAGUGUUUUGGCCUCGGUUAUUUAUAUCCUUUUUAUAAAUUUUAAAUUAAAAUCUCUCUUUAAGGUGGCUCAUUUCAGCUCUUCUGCCUGAAGAAUGAGUUGAAUUUCAUUGUGCCUUUGUUUUUCCUAUAUAUUUUUAUGUUGUAAAAUCUGCUACAUAUGGUAACUGCAUAAUAUCCAUUCGCACAAUAUAGAAUUUAAAAUGU